CCCUCCUCACCUUCUCAUACUGGCUAGAGCAACGCCAUGGCCCCCUCAUUUGGACAUCAGGAGUUGCAGUUUUGAUAUUCCGAUCAGAGUUGUGUCUACUUUUGGGGCCAAUGCUGCUUCUUGACCUUACAACACGGAGACUGCUCACAGUUCCAUUCCUGAAAUAUGCAAUACCAGCGGGACUGUUGUGCCUUGUCACCACACUGACCAUAGAUUCUUUCUUCUGGAAACGACUUCUAUGGCCUGAAGGAGAAGUGUUCUGGUUUAAUACAUACAAGAACCAGAGUCAUAAUUAUGGAACAUCACCCUUUUUGUGGUAUUGGUACUCAGCACUCCCUAGAGCCCUUGGCUUAAGUAUCCUUCUUGUCCCUCUUGGCAUUGCACUGGAUAAGAGAUUGCAGGUUCUGGUAACUCCUGCUUUUAUCUUUGUGGCAGCCUACUCCAUCCUGCCUCAUAAGGAACUGCGAUUCAUUAUCUACGUCUUCCCCAUUCUCAAUGUUGCUGCUGCCAGAGCAUGCCAUUUUCUCUGGGAAGGGAGAGACAAGUCUACCAGUCGUCAGCUCUUGGCUGUAGGGUCAGCACUGCACCUGGUGGGUAAUGUGGUGUUCACAACCUUUUUGCUUACCAUCUCGGCCAACAACUAUCCAGGUGGAGUGGCUGUACAAAAGUUACAUCAGAUAGUUCCUCAGGAUGUGAAUGUCAGUGUCCACAUUGAUAACUUUUCAGCACAGACUGGAGUGUCAAGAUUCACACAGCUUCAUGAUCACUGGAGAUAUAACAAAACUGAACAUUUGAAAGCCGGAGGGCCAGAAUUAAGAUCAUUCACCCACUUGUUGGUUGAAGGCAAAUCCAAAUAUUCAUACAAUCUCAAACAUUACACAACCUCGCAUCAGAUCCUCACUUCAGUGGAAUCAUUCUCGCAUCUGAGCUUCAAUUAUCAGCAGUUUCCCCCUGUGAAG